UCUGUUUCCAUUAUACGUCGUUUUAAUCGUAUGUUAUAGCGGCUCUACUAAUUCUUGUAUAAUGAAUAUUUGUCGGUAGAUAGGAGCUCAAAUGCAUUGUAACAUGCGUUCGACUGAGUUAGAGGGAACCGGAAUGAAGAAUUCAUUCUAUACACUCGCUUCUCGGUUUAAAAUUUGAAGCGGCUUUUCGUUGUCUGGCGAGUCGUCGAUUCCCUCACUUCGAAGACGUUGAGUGUUAACUGUGUUGGUUUAAGACGGUUCAGCGAAAGGUUAACGUAAUUUUUGUUUAUAAACACCGGUAUAAAAUUCAUUUUUUAUAACUAUGACAUUUAAAUAUUUAAUUCGGUGUGAACUUUUGAUGUGUUUUUUAUUAGUAUCGCGUUUAGUGAGAUAUUGAAAUAUCCGGGUGGCAGUGAAUCAAUUUAUUAACACUGAUGGUAUAAAGAUUUUUGUGUGGUGUCGACAUGUGGUUUUACCAUUAUUUUAUAACGAUGGUUUUAUUAAUUAUUGACACCCCAGUUGGAUGUUCUAAUAGUACAACAGAUUGUGCGGAUCGAGACUGUUUGCGGUGCGGUUCGAAAGGAUGCGUCAAAUGCGCCAAUUUAAUCGUCCACCCGACGCGAGCGUGCGUCUCGGAAUGCCCGUUCGGACACGUGCAAAAGUGGAGCACCACCGUAGACUACGUGGGAAAAGUGUGUCGCCACAACGGGAAUUUCCUGGGAUUGUCCAACAACGCCAUCGCCGUCUUAACCGGCGUACUGACCGGUACAAUCCUUUGCGUCGUACUCCUAGCGUGCGUCGUACUGUACGUAAAAUACAGAAGAAAAAAUUUUCCUUCUUCGAGCGAAACCAGCUCGGAAGCUGACGAUACGCCGGAACGGAAGGAUUUCGUCAAACAAUUGGAAACUUUGAGGCCGUACGCGGAGAAUUACUUGGAUAUGUUGAACGACACCAGGAGGCAGAUAAGAGAAUUGCACGUAGAAGGAGACGCGUCCGCUGUAUCGGUGUACAGACCCGUAGUACGAGAUUUAGCGAAGAUCCUCCUGUUACUGAACAGACCCGUCGAUAAAUUGACCGCGCCCGACGAUUGGGAGCACCUCUUCGAUUGGGCUGAAAAGGCCUUGAAGAGGUACAAGAGAAUGAGCGAAACGUCUCAUUUACAAGUAGCGCAGCUGGUCGAUUUUUUGCAGGGACCCGUCAUAACCACCGAUAUGGCUAGAGAUGCGGAUAGUUCGCGUGGCAGUACCACUAUGAGUACCUUCAAGCCGAACCAAGCGUUCGGAUCUAGUUUAAGUUUGCAAGAUAUCGCUAUUAAUAAUUUUACGAGUAAUUAUGACUCUAAAUGUCAUUUACCUUUGAAUCCUCAAUGGAAAUUCGAAUAUUCUUUGGUAAAUAAUGUGCCGAACUCCGAAUUUAACCCCACUUCUUGGAAAAACAGUAAAGAAUAUUUGAAUAAUUCUUUAUUUUUGGAAGACGACUUCUAUCAACUCGGGUUUAGACCACAAGACGAAAUAACGACUGAAUUGUAACGAAUAAUUUCAAUAACUUCCUAAAUAAUUACGGAAAAUUUACGACUUCCCCCUGUAUCGUCUACAACCGUUAUAUUAUUAACAAUAUUAUAACGAGUCUCUAUAUGCAACCAACAAUAUCAUAUUAGUAUAAUUGGUUGCCUAUAUCAGACUAAAUCAACGAGAAAUUUAAAUUUCCAAAUAUUUUCGUCCAUAUAUAUAUAUAUAUUUUCUAUCUCACCCUGUAUAGUUUUACAGAGAGACGACUUUUAUCAAUUUGGAAUUAAAACUCCAGACGAAACAACGACUGAAUUGUAACGAAUAAUUUCAGUAACUUUCUAAAUAAUUACGGAAAAUUUACGACUUCCCCCUGUAUCGUCUCCAACCGUUAUAUUAUUAACAAUAUUAUAACGAGUCUCUAUAUGCAACCAACAAUAUGAUAUUUGUAUAAUUGGUUGCCUAUAUCAGACUAAAUCAACGAGAAAUUUAAAUUUCCAAAUAUUUUCGUCCAUAUAUAUAUAUAUAUUUUCUAUCUCACCCUGUAUAGUUUUACAGAGAGACGACUUUUAUCAAUUUGGAAUUAAAACUCCAGACGAAACAACGACUGAAUUGUAACGAAUAAUUUCAGUAACUUUCUAAAUAAUUACGGAAAAUUUACGACUUCCCCCUGUAUCGUCUCCAACCGUUAUAUUAUUAACAAUAUUAUAACGAGUCUCUAUUUGCAACCAACAAUAUCAUAUUAGUAUAAUUGGUUGCCUAUAUCAGACUAAAUCAACGAGAAAUUUAAAUUUCCAAAUAUUUUCGUCCAUAUAUAUAUAUAUUUUUUUAUCUCACCCUGUAUAGUUUUACAGAGAGACGACUUUUAUCAAUUUGGAAUUAAAACUCCAGACGAAACAACGACUGAAUUGUAACGAAUAAUUUCAAUAACUUUCUAAAUAAUUACGGAAAAUUUACGACUUCCCCCUGUAUCGUCUCCAACCGUUAUAUUAUUAACAAUAUUAUAACGAGUCUCUAUAUGCAACCAACAAUAUCAUAUUAGUAUAAUUGGUUGCCUAUAUCAGACUAAAUCAACGAGAAAUUUAAAUUUCCAAAUAUUUUCGUCCAUAUAUAUAUAUAUUUUCUAUCUCACCCUGUAUAGUUUUACAGAGAGACGACUUUUAUCAAUUUGGAAUUAAACCUCAAGACGAAACAACGACUGAAUUGUAACGAAUAAUUUCAGUAACUUUCUAAAUAAUUACGGAAAAUUUACGACUUCCCCCUGUAUCGUCUCCAACCGUUAUAUUAUUAACAAUAUUAUAACGAGUCUCUAUAUGCAACCAACAAUAUCAUAUUAGUAUAAUUGGUUGCCUAUAUCAGACUAAAUCAACGAGAAAUUUAAAUUUCCAAAUAUUUUCGUCCAUAUAUAUAUAUAUAUAUUUUCUAUCUCACCCUGUAUAGUUUUACAGAGAGACGACUUUUAUCAAUUUGGAAUUAAAACUCCAGACGAAACAACGACUGCAUUGUAACGAAUAAUUUCAGUAACUUUCUAAAUAAUUACGGAAAAUUUACGACUUCCCCCUGUAUCGUAUCAUAUUUGUAUAAUUGGUUACCUAUAUCAGACUAAAUCCAGGAGAAAUUUAAAUUUCCAAAUAUUUCCUAAUCCUCCUGUAUAGUUUUACCGAGAAUUACGGGAUAGUUCCGUGUAGGUGUCGCUAGCGUCUACUACAAUUAUAUUAACAGUAUUAUUACAAUAUGCAACCAGCAAUACCGCAUCAGUAUAAUUGGUUGCCUGCAUAAAAUUAUGGAAUUCCAAAUAUUUACGUCGAUAUAUAAAUUUCCAACUUCACCUUGUAUAGUUUGUGGUAAUGAUACAUUACACUUUUUUUUCGUAAAAUUUAGAAUGGUGUCGCUACUGCAUACCAAAAUGUACUAGUCAAACAUUUUUUUAAACUUUUUAUGUUUGUGUAUAUCCACAUGAUUGUAUAUUAUGUUAGAAUUAAUUAUAUCAACCUAAUUGUAUAAUUUGAUAAUAAAUUUAUUUAUAUACACGUCAUA